CGCCCGGUGAUUUUCGUUUGUUAUAGCCUAGGAGGCCUGGUUUAUGCCAAUGCAUUGUCGAGGCACCACGGGGCGGACCUUGCUAGUGCUGGCCUUGUGGAGAAGGCGAUUGGAGUUGUCUUUCUUCGAACACCGUUCGAAGGAUCUUUAAAGGCGAAGUGGGCUGGGAGGGCGCUUAAAGUGCUAGAUUGUGUAAGCACGACGCACAAGGAGGAUGUGAAUGAUCUUGAAGAGCAUUUAGCAAAGCUUAUGAACAUCAACGAUGCUUUCUAA